AUGGAGUCCCAGGAAGAGGCUGGGUCCCUGGGUUCCCUCAACCACUACCUCACUCCCCAGGCUUUGGAGGGGGCGCGAAACUCCAGCAGCCAGGGUACGGAAACACGCUGGGAGCUGGUGCCUUCCCGGGGCUGGGAGCCCAGCCAGGAUUCGGGGCUCGAAAUGGUAUCGGCGCUGGGGCUUUUCCGGGAGCAGAACUCAGCUCUGGGAAUGGGCUGGGAGCUGGGGCCUUCCCCGGAGCUGGAGCCCAGCCAGGGGUUCCCUCCUUCCACCACCUUUCCCGAGUGCCCAUCUGAGCCCGGCCUUGACUGCACACUGCAGACCCCACACGGGUCAGCCUUGGGGCUGCAAGCCCGCUGGGCCGAGUGCCCAAGCCGGGACCCCUGGGUGCCCGUGCGGACUGAGGUCUCGCAGCUCCAGAUGGCUUUGGACCAGGUAGAGAGGGGACCAGGGGAAGUGGAGGGGGGAGGUCCGGAGGGGGCACUCCAGGGUCCCUCACCCACCGGUCUCUCCUCAGGCUUCAGAGGGAUUGGGAAACCCCAAAAGCCAGGAUUCGGGACCAGGAAUGGAGCCCAGCCAGGCCCCCCGGCUCAGAAUGGCUACGGAGCAGGCUUUGGAGAGAGUGUGCAAACUCAGAAGCCAGGAUUUGGGGACGGGAAUGGACUGGGAGCUCAGCCAGGCCCAGCAACACUGCAGGGAUACGGAGCAGGCCCUGCGGCUGAAAACAGCUAUGGAGCAGGUAGGGGGGCCCUGCCCAGGGAGGCAGUGGGGGCCUGGGGGCCCGCACUCACUGUGUGCUCCUCACCAGGCCUGGCGGCCGGCACGAAGCCCCAAAAGCCAGGAUUUGGGAACGGCAACGGAUUGGGCGUCCAGCCAGGGCCUGCAGCUCCCGUCGGCUAUGGCCCAGGAGUUGCUGAGGCCAUGAAGCCUCAGAAGCCAGUUUACAGGAAUGGACUGGGAGCUGGAGCCUUCCCAGGCCAAGGGGCCCAGCCAGACCUGGGAGGGAGCGCGAGCCCUCUGAAGCCAGGAUACAUGCCGCCACUGGGGAACGGGCUGCAGCCCCUCCCAGGCCUUGGAGCAGGUCUGAAACCUCAGAAGCCAGCAUAUGGCAACGGCAAUGGGCUGGGGGCCCAGCCAGUGCCUACUCCAGCCCUCCAGUGGGGCCCGAAACCUCAGGAAGCAGGGUACCAGCCCCCGAAUGGCUACGGACCAGGAGCAGGACUGGGCUUUGGUGGUGGCCUCAGGCCCCAGAAAGUUGGUUUGGGCUACGGCAAUGGUGGUCUGGGAGCCGGGUUCUUCCCUGAGGCCCGCCCACAGCCAGGGUUCCCAGGGGCCGAUGGCUUUCUGAAUGGUCAGGCUGCGGGCCCGAGGGGCUUUCCCUGGCCCUUCCUCCGGGCCUGGGGGGCUGCCUUGAAGCCUAGAUAUGGGGUCGGAGGCACAUACCCAGAAGUCGGGAGCCAACCAGGGCCCUAUGGGCAGCUGAGGCCAGAGCUGGGCCCUGGGCCUUUGGGAGGCCCUGAGGUGAAAAGAGGCAGCAAUGGCCCCCUGGGAAAUGGCUUUGGAGGCCGCUGACUUCUUGGGAGAUGCUGAGCACCCGAGCACACCCACUGCCUGUCCUGAGGGCCUCCGCCUGCAAGCCUGGGACCCUCCGGCGUGGCCUCUGGCCUGGGGGCUCCUGCAGGCUGGAAGUCUCAAUAAAGGCAGUGCGCUUC